AUGGCCAUUCUAGAUAACAGUCUCAAGGUCCAGAACCUUUCAAACUUCCAUCAAUUUACUCUAUAUAAACGCCCUACUAAUAUUGGUGUUUUUCCAACUUAUGGAGCAUGGGAUUCAAAGAGUACUAUUAAAAGCAUGGCUCAAAUUAAAUAUGGUGAUUCAAUUGUGAAUAUGAGUAUCGAUCAAAAUUAGAAAGGCAAAGAUGAUGUUGAUCGAGUUCAUUUCAGAAAACUCUAUUUCGAAAAGCAAUACAUGGAUGAGAUGCUUAAGAUGAAAAAUAUCAUGAAGAAGUCAAAUAAGUGA